AUAAGUCAUAACCAAAACUCCAAAAAAAAAAAAAAAAAAAAAAAACUCAAAUUGCUUCUUCUCCUUCAAUGGCAACGACGACGAGAAAAAGCUACUACCAACGGCCGAGUCAUCGCUUCCUUCCAACAGAUCGGACUUACCAUAUCACCGGAGAUUCAGAAUUCGAGUUCGACGAGUCCGAUCUAUACUCUACCCGCUCCGAUUCGCCUGAUUUUCGUCGGAAACUCAUCACAUCAAACCGUAGAUCAUCUCCGGCAACCGUAACAACCACGACGGUAGCUUCUUCACUUCCGAUGAACGUACCGGACUGGUCUAAGAUUCUCGGGAAGGAAAAUCGUCACAUCCGUCGGAAAAGCAUCGAUAACGAUGAUGACGGAGACGGUGGAAAAUUGCCACCGCAUGAGUAUUUGGCGAAGACGAGAAUGGCUUCGUUCUCUGUGCAUGAAGGAAUUGGGAGGACAUUGAAAGGAAGAGAUAUGAGUAGGGUUCGAAAUGCAAUUUUGGAAAAGACUGGGUUUUUAGAUUAAUUUCUUAAAAGUAUAAGGUUCUCUUUUUGGGGGUUUUAGUUUUUUCUUAUAUAAUAACAAUUUUUACUAAAU